AUGGCUGCCUCGCCCCGCUCCUCCACAGACCUCCUCCGCCCGCUCCUCUCGUCCCCCGCCCGCUCAAACCCCGUCUCCUUGCGCAUAUACAAGGUCCUCGGCGCAAGCUUCGAUGAUCAAUCCACCAAGGAGGCCCUCAACACCCUUUCCGAGCUCUACGCCCCGCCAGACGCCCGCGCGACCUCUUCCAAGUCAAAACAGGUCUCCGCGGACAGCGAUGACGACUUAGACAAUGACGCGCUCGACACCCCGUCCGACUCUCGCCGCCCCGACUUCGACAUCCUCGCGUUCCUCGAUGGCCCGCCACCGGGAGAGACCGCGGCAAAGGCGCGCAAGAACCUCCGCCGCGACGUCGAGAGCAAGCUCGCAGAGGGCAGCCAGAAGUUCCUCCGCGCGUUCGGAGAGGUCGACCAAAAACUCGAUGCCCUGCAAGAGCAUAUAUCGGCCAUGCGCGCGCGCUGCGAUGACGCGCAGGCUCAGCUGCAGACUACCAACGAGGCGUGCAAGACCCUGCUCGAUCGCGCCGGCAGUCUGCGUGAAGAGAGACAGGACGUGAGCCAGAAACAGUCCAUCGUGUCUCUCUUCCUCGAGCGUUUCACACUCACCGACGACGAGAUCGAGGCCCUGACCUCGGGCGAGGUCCCUAUCGGCACGCGGUUCUUCGCCGCUAUGGACAAGGCGCACCGCAUCAGAGACGACUGUCGGGUGCUCAUGUCAGGCGAGGAGCACCCGUCGCAGGCGGGGGUGGACAUCAUGGCGGCCACCUCAGGCUACCUCGAGAAAGCCUUCGACAAGAUCUUCCGCUGGUGCAACUUCGAGUUCCGUAAGAUGGGCCGCGACGCCCAGCUCGACGUCAGCUCGCAGAUGCGCGAGGCCGUCCGCCGUCUGCGCGUGCGCCCCGAGCUGCUCACCGAGGCCUUCGCCACGCUCUCCCAGACGCGCCAGUCCGCGCUCCUCAGCGCCUUCCUCGACGCCCUCACGCGUGGCGGCCCCUCGGGCCUCCCGCGCCCCAUCGAGCUGCACGCGCACGACGCGCUGCGCUACGUGGGCGACAUGCUCGCGUGGGUGCACCAGGCUAUCGCCGCGGAGCGCGAGCUCCUCGAGGGCCUGUUCGGCCUCAAGGGCGACGGGCGCAUGGUCGGCAGCGUGCGCGCGCCCGCGCGGGGCGAGGAGGAGGAGUGGAUCGCGGAGCUGAUGGACAGCGCGGUCGCGAAGCUGUGCGUGCCUCUCAAGUCCCGAGUGUUGCAGACCGUGCGCGCGCAGGAGAGUGGCAUCACGGCGUAUAGGGUCUCGAACCUCCUGCAGUUCUACACCCUCACGAUGGUGCGCACUAUUGGAGAGGAUGCGUUGCUCUCGACAACAUUGAAAGAGAUCACGGACGUGUCCUACAAGGUCUUUUACGACGCCAUCGAGGCUCAGGGCCGCGCCCUGGUCCGCAUAUCGCUCGACCUCGACGACCCAGAGGUGAACCCACCAACCGCGCUGCUCGACCACGCGCAGGUCCUGCGCGAGGUCAUGGCCGUGUACGCGUCCUCGCUGCUCGGCGACGAGAGCGCGGCCGAGAGCGCGGCUGGGUUCGCGCGCAUCCUCGACACCGCGGUCGACCCCGCCGUGCAGAUGUGCACCAACGCGGCGGCGGAGAAGCAGCGCCUGCGUCCGCUGUGGGACCAGGCCGUGUUUGUGCUUAAUUGCUUGACGUAUUUGCUGAAUGUACUGGAGCCCCACGCGUUCACGGUCGAGAAACGCAAGGCGCUGGAAGACAUCGUCGAAGACCGCGUCAAGGAACUCAUCGACGAACAUUACGAAACCCUCCUCGCCGACACCGACCUCAAAGACGCAGUCGCCACCUGCGCCUCCUACCAUCCGCCCGCCGACAUCCUCUCGCACCUCCCCGCAACGCAGCCGCCCGCCCUCGCGCGCGCGCUGCACCGCUUCGCGCAGUGGCUCGAGGGGCUCGACGUCGUGCACGCACCACGCCUCGCUCGCCUCACCGCGCAGCCGCUGCACACGCGCGUGCACCACGCGGCGCUCGCGCGGCUUGGGCGCGCGUAUGCGCGCGUUUGCGAUGAGGUGCGAAGGCCGGAGAAUAGGUACGAGGCGGCGGCGACGCUGUUGGGCGGGGAGCGGCCGUUUGGGCAGGUGCAUUUGCUGUGGCAGAUUUUUGGGCUGCAGGAGGACGCAGACGAGGGCGACGAGGAGGAGUUGGAGGAAGAGCCUGGUUCGGGGUGAUUGGAUAGCUGGUGGCCGGUUUGUGAAAUACCCACGGUGUGCAGUGUAGGUAGGUAGGUAGGUGUAGGCGUCUUCUUAUUCGAAGGUCGGCUAGGAUCGGCGUGCCACUUGUC